UUGCUUUUUGUCUCUAUUUUGCUGCAGAACUUCAAGGUUCAAAUUUAAUGGCCGAGGAAGGUUGUUGGCAUGACCAUGAAACUAAGGGAAUACAAUGUUUAUGUCAAAAAGAUUUUUGUAAUUCUCCAAGGAAUUUGUGGACAUCAGAUCCAACUAAGCCCCCAAUUGAAGGACUAAAAAUGCUUAAAAGAAAUCCUUUUGUGGAUUAUGAAUAUUUGGAAGAGGAAAGUUCGUCUGGAAAGAAGUCUUCGUCUUCCUCCUCCUCUGAAAGUAUUAAUUCAAUAAUUUCAUCGCUUGAUGCUUCUGAAAAUGAAGAUGAAAGGGAUUUAGUGCCAAUAAAUUUCGACGAUUAUAUGAAUUGGUUGGAAAAUAAUUCUGUCAAGACAACUCCAAAUCCUAAUAUAACAACAGAAAAUAAUAGUAUUCAAGACGUGCAAUUUUCAUCAGCAAUAAUUAAUGGAAUUAAUAUUUAUUUAUUUUACUUAAUAUAUUUUAUUUUUUUAUUCUUAAUUAUUUAA